AUGACAAACAGCAGUUCCUUCCCUCGGCUCCAGGGCCAAUCACAGGACAGCACAGGUGCCUUUGGCCUGGCGGAAGCCAUCACCAACACUGUGCUGAUCAUCUUUUACUUCCUGAUCAUUUUCCUGGGAACCACGGGCAACGCGGUGGUGAUCUGGACAGCGGGGUUCCGGCUGCCGGCGACGGUGACGGGCGUGUGGCUGGUGAACCUGGCGGUGGCGGACCUGGUCUUCAGCCUGAGCCGCGUGCUCUCACUGACGCAGCGCCUUUUCUUCGACCACUGGCCCUUCGGCACGCCGCUCUGCAAGCUCAACGGCUUCCUCAAGUACACCAACAUGUUCUGCAGCGUCUUCCUCCUGAGCGUCAUCAGCCUGGACCGGGCACUGUGCGUGUGGCGCCCCCUGCUGGCCAAGCAGCGCCGGACGCAGGGCGCCGCGCGGCUGGUCAGCGUGGGGGUGUGGCUGCUGUCUGUUGCCCUCAGCGCCCCCUUCUCAGCUCAGCGGGAGGCCUACGCAGGCAGGAACAACCUGACCAGGUGCUCCAUGAGGGCCAAGGACACUAAGGACGGGGGCGGGGCCAGGUACACCCUCUACACCCUGCGCUUCCUGUGCGGGUUCCUCCUCCCGUUCCUGGUUAUCCUGGGCUGCUACGGCCUGGCCGCUGUGGGCCUCCAGCGCUCCCGCUUCAGACACAGGUCCAAGCCGCUCCGGAUCCUCGCCUGCCUGGUCUCUGCUUUCUUCCUGUGCUGGGCACCCUACCACUGCCUUCUGCUGGUAAAGAUGGUGAACAGCAGCAGCCAGGCAGUGAAGGUGUGGCUGCCCCUGGCCACGGGGCUGGCCUAUUUAAACAGCUGCAUGAACCCGCUGCUGUACUUCUGCAUGGGGCUGUCCCGGCGUGGGCUCGGGCGCGGGCUGUUCGUGACGUUCCGGAGGGUGCUGGUAGAGGAGGGCGAGGCACCCACAGACACCACCAGGUGGCAGCGGUGCGCAGAGGGUUUGGGGGCCAUGACUCAGGCCACAGCAGCGACUGCAGACUCAGACGUGCAGAUGGCAAUGUUCCGUAACCAUGGAGAAACACAGACGUGA